AUGGCCCAGAACACCAGCCCUUUCCUCGAAGGGCUGAAGCGCUCAGAGAACAGGACUGAUGGAGGAUUUAAACAGUUCAGAGACUGGAGCUUCUCAUUGGACGGAGACCAAGACGAUUCUAGUUCUGUGAACAUGGAGCAGCGACAGGCCACACCCCCAGAGGAGUCCAAGGCCCCUCCCCUGUUUCCUUCAGGCCUUCACAGAACCUACGAGAACCACAGCAGAACUCUGAGCCGACAGAGAAAGGAGCACAUAGAUUCUCCGAUGCCGAACAGAACCAACUUUGUGGUCAGUCCCUCACAGCCUCAAGUCGUGCUCCAGGGGAGAGCCUUUCAUCAUGCUCAGAGACACACACAUAGCGAGUUUCCUCAGACAGACACUGUCUUCACCUGUCCACAAGUUUCAACAGACAAUGAUACGUUGGUCUUAAAGCGGCGCUUGAAUGUCCGGAGGGAGGCACGUCAUGGCGUCUGUUCUCCAACAGAGACCUGGCCCUCUCCGUACCCACUGCUCUGUCUCAACUGUAAGAAACCCAAAGAACCCACAGUCACCUGCACAAACUGUGGCUCCGCCCCCUCGCCCACACCCCGCCCCCCACUCAGACUGUCCCCUGCCCAGACCCAGGCCCAGACCCAGGCCCAGAUCCAGGUCCAGACUCAGCUGGGGCCUCUGCAAGGUCUACAGCCCUCAGUCCAUGGCUUCUACCGACCAGUGUCCACGGUGCCAGUCCGCGUCUCCAAAAGUCACGGCAAGAGACCAAACCCACCCAACGACCCAAUCGUCCUCUCCAGUGAUGAAGAGGACAUAGAUCCCAGUGGUUGCAGUUCUCGGUUGGAUAACGUGUCUCCUCAGCCUGCAGACUCUGCUCACUCCUCUCCAGCGCCCUCUGGAGACCGUGUAGAGGCUGCAGUGAAGAGUCUGCCCUCUGGAGGCCAUGUGGAGCUGGAGCAGGUUCUGGGAGUAGCAGAGUUCUUUGAGGACGUCCAGAUGAAGAUCAGCCUGCCUCGGCGAGCACGCAUGAAGGACCAGUUUGGUAAAUCCCCGGAGCCUGUGUGUCAGAAGAAACUCAAACUUCCGUCUAAAUGUUCAAGCAUCAUCCUGGAGUGUCGCAGCAUCCGCAUCGGAACUCUGCGGCGCGCCGUGAGCAAACCAGUGGUGUUUACCACAGAACACAUCCAACUGGACACAGAGGGUCCUCAGGGACAGGCAGACUCUCUGGUCUUCAGGGCCUCAGAGCUGGUGAGCUGUGAAUGGUGCAGUGUGAGGAAGCUGCCGGUGCUCUUCUUCCAAACCUCUGAGAGCGAGUGUGUGCGGCUGAGGGAGGAGCUGAGGAUGAGGAGGGAGGAAGGAGGAGACUGGAUCGACUGCACCUCCUCAUACCCAGAUGAGAAGUACAUAGUCCUGAUUUUUGAGAAUGGUCUCCCUAUGGAGCAGCAGGUGAUCCUGGAGGAUAUCCUGCAGGAGAUUGCCCACAACAACAACCUCAGACACUUCCCCUCGAGGAUUGGCUUUGAGGAGGCCAACCUCCGCCUGGUCAACUACAAGAAGGCCACACAGAGGAAGGAGGUGACUCCCCCCAUGACCCCUCCCAGACCUGAGCCUGGUCCAAGACUGAACCCCAGUCCCAGACCUGAGCCUGGUCCAAGACUGAACCCCAGUCCCAGACCUGAACCUGGUCCAAGACUAAGUCCCAGUCCCGGUCUCAGCCCCAUUCCCAGUCCCGAGCCCAUCUCCAGGACAAGGAUGUCAACGAGACUCAAACCAAAUGGUUAUGAGUCUGACGAGGAGAUGACAGACCUGCACAACACCUUCACUGGACCAGUUCUCAAGUUGAUGGUGUACCCCCCUCCUCCGGCCACUGGGGGCAUCACUGUCACUAAUGAAGACCUGCACUGUCUGAACGAGGGGGAGUUCCUCAACGACGUCAUCAUCGACUUUUAUCUGAAGUAUCUGGUGCUGGAGAGAUUGAAAACAGAAGAUGCUCAGAGGAUUCAUGUUUUCAGUUCCUUCUUCUAUAAACGACUGAAUCAGAGAGAGAGACGUCACAACGGCCCAGAGUCCUCCCCCUUGCCGCUGCCGAAGAAGAAGCACAACCGCGUGAAGACCUGGACAAGACACGUGGACCUGUUCCAGAAAGACUUCAUCUUUGUUCCCAUAAAUGAGUCGGCACACUGGUACCUGGCUGUGAUCUGCUUCCCUGGUCUGGAGCACCCCCUGCUGGAGCAGUUCCAGGGGGAGAGUGUGAGCGCAUCUCAAACAGAGCAGCCGGUCCUGGAUCACUGCCGGCCGCUGUCCCCCAGCCCCUCCCCCGAGAGCCAAGAGGGGGAGGGGCCAGACCAGAGCUACUCCAGUGAGCUGCAGAGGAUCAGCGUCUGCUACAGUUUUAAAGACGACGAUGCUCUGAACUUCUCUGAUCACAGCUCCUGCCAGGAUGAGUGCAGUGAAGAAGGGACUGAGGCCACAGCAGACUCUCUCCACAAACACACAGUCUGCAAACAACCCUGUAUCCUGAUCAUGGACUCACUCAGAGGUCCGGCUCGGUCCACUGUCGUCAAAACUCUGAGAGAGUACCUGGAGGUGGAGUGGGAGGUGCGCAGAGGCACACAGCGCAGCUUUAACAAAGAUGUGGUGAAAGGUUCCAGUCCCAGAGUCCCGCAGCAAGACAACUUCAGCGACUGUGGCGUCUACGUGCUGCAGUAUGUGGAGAGCUUCUUCCAGAACCCGAUCCCCAGUUUCCAGCUGCCUUUGAACCUGUCGGACUGGUUUCCUUCGCAGCGAAUGAAGACGAAGCGCGAGGAAAUCAGAGAGCUCAUACUAAGACUUCAGCAGCAGCAGAACUUACAAACAGCGACAGACCAGGAGGGUCUGCAAGGCUCCUCAGAGGAGCCUGAGGUCCAGGAAUCUGAGGUGCCGUCUGGAACAGUUUACACUGGACACAGGAAGAACGCCCUCACACACACAUACACCCAAACACCGAGGCCUCACGGAGCUCCCCAGCCCAGGAGCAGGAUGGAGGAUGGGAAGCCCGUGUGGGCACCUCACCCCACAGACGGGUUCCAGCUCGGGAACAUUGUGGACAUCGGCCCAGACUCUCUGACCAUAGAACCUCUGAAAGGAGGAGCAAAGCCGUUCCUGGCUCAGAUAAACCAGGUGUUUCCAGCUGAAGAUGAUGUGGACAAGCACGUGGAGGACAACUGUUCUCUGAUGUACCUGAACGAGGCCACGCUGCUGAACAACGUCAAAGUGAGAUACAGCAAAGACAGGAUCUACACGUAUGUGGCUAACAUCCUGAUUGCCGUGAACCCGUACUACGACCUCCCGAAACUCUACUCUCCAGAAACCAUCAAGCAGUACAGAGGGAGGAGUCUGGGGACACUGCCCCCCCAUGUGUACGCUAUAGCUGACAAAGCGUACAGAGACAUGAAGGUCCUGAAAAUGAGUCAGUCUAUCAUCGUGUCGGGAGAAUCAGGAGCUGGGAAAACUGAGAACACAAAGUUUGUACUGAGAUAUUUGACCACAUCAUACGGAACAGGACAAGACAUCGACGAACGCAUCGUGGAAGCGAACCCUCUGCUAGAGGCUUUUGGAAAUGCAAAGACUGUGCGCAACAACAACAGCAGCCGCUUCGGGAAGUUUGUGGAGAUUCACUUCAGCGACAAGAAUGCAGUGGUAGGAGGGUUCGUGUCCCACUACCUCCUGGAGAAGUCCAGGAUCUGCACUCAGGGCCCCGAAGAGCGGAACUACCACAUCUUCUACCGUCUGUGUGCUGGGGCCCCUGAGGACAUGAGGCAGCAGCUGCACCUGCAGGGCCCCUCCGCAUUCAGGUACUUGAACAGAGGAUGCACAAGAUUUUUCGCCUCCAAAGAAACGGACAAAAAGAUUCAACAGAAACUGAAGAGCUCAGAGCACAGUAAGGCCGGGCCCCUCUCAGACCCUCUCCUCGAUGACCACCUGGACUUCAACAGAAUGAGUGACGCCAUGAAGAAGAUCGGUCUGAACCAGAGCGAGAUGCUCGACCUGUUCCGGACCGUGGCCGGAGUCAUGCACCUGGGAAACGUGGACUUUGAGGAGGGAGGCAGCACCUCCGGGGGGUGUGUUCUCAGGCCUCAGUCCUCAGAGUCUCUUCAGUUCUGUGCUGAGCUGUUGGGUUUGGAGCAGGACGACCUUAGGGUCAGUCUGACCACACGAGUCAUGCUGACGACUGCAGGGGGCACCAAAGGAACCGUCAUCAAAGUCCCUCUGAAGGUGGAGCAGGCGAACAGCGCCCGUGAUGCUCUGGCCAAAGCCAUGUACAGCCGUCUGUUUGACCACGUAGUGACCAGAGUGAACCAGUGCUUCCCCUUCAGCUCCUCUGCCAACUUCAUCGGGGUCCUGGACAUUGCUGGCUUCGAAUAUUUUGAGCACAACAGUUUUGAACAGUUCUGCAUCAACUACUGCAACGAGAAACUGCAGCAGUUUUUCAACGAGAGGAUUCUGAAGGAGGAGCAGGAGCUGUACCAGAGAGAGGGACUGGGCGUCAACGAGGUUCACUACGUGGACAAUCAGGACUGCAUCGACCUGGUGGAGGCCAAACUUGUGGGGAUCCUGGACAUUCUGGAUGAGGAGAACAGACUCCCUCAGCCGUCUGACCAGCACUUCACCCACGCAGUGCACAGCAGACACAAGGACCACUUCAGACUCAGCAUUCCCAGGAAGUCCAAGUUGUCGGUUCACAGAAACGUGAGAGACGACGAAGGAUUCAUUGUACGACACUUUGCUGGAGCUGUGUGCUACGAGACUAUCCGCUUUGUAGAGAAGAACAACGAUGCGCUGCACAUGUCUCUGGAGGCGCUGGUGUCUGAGUCCAAAGAUGGCUUCAUCAGAGAACUGUUCGAGAACAACAACAACAGAGACACCAAGCAGAAGGCGGGAAAACUGGGCUUCAUCAGCGUCGGCAACAAGUUUAAGACUCAGCUAAACCUGCUGCUGGAGAAACUGCGUAGUACGGGUUCCAGUUUCAUUCGUUGCAUCAAACCAAACCUGAAGAUGAUCAGUCACCAGUUUGAAGGAGCUCAGAUCCUGUCGCAGCUGCAGUGUUCUGGUAUGGUCUCGGUCCUGGAUCUGAUGCAGGGGGGUUUUCCCUCCAGAGCUCCGUUCCAUGAACUUUACAACAUGUACCAGAAGUUCAUGCCCCCGAGACUGGGCCGACUGGACCCCCGACUCUUCUGCAAGGCCCUCUUCAAAGCUCUGGGACUGAAUGAGGACGACUUCAAGUUCGGUUUGACCAGAGUCUUCUUCCGCCCGGGAAAGUUUGCAGAGUUCGAUCAGAUCAUGAGGUCAGACCCGGAGCACCUGGAGGAACUCAUCCAGAAGGUCCACAAGUGGCUCCUGCACAGUCGCUGGAAGAAGGUGCAGUGGUGCGGCCUGUCGGUGAUCAAACUGAAGAAUAAGAUCUUGUAUCGAGCUGGAGCCUGUGUGGUGAUGCAGAAGACUGUGAGGAUGUGGCUCUGCAAGAGGAAACACAAACCACGUAUCGAUGGCCUGGUGAAGGUGCGAGGGCUGAAGACCCGUAUGCACCGCUUCACUGAGGUGGUGUCUGGGCUGAAGGAGGGGAAGGAGGAGAUGAGCAAACAGAUCCAGGAUCUGGAGAGGAGCAUUGACUCUGUGAUGGACCGGAUCAAGCAUGUGGUCAUGUCUCGUCUGGACAUCGACCACGAGUACAAGGUGCUGGUGGGACGGUCAGAGAAGCUGCUGAGUGACCUGCAGAAACAGAAGAAGGAGGAGGAGGAGCGUGAGAGACUAAAGAAGAUCCAGGAGGAGAUGGAGCGAGAGAGGAGGAGGAGAGAGGAGGAGGAGCAGAUGAGGAGGCAGGAGGAGGAGGACCGCAAACUAAAAUCAGAGAUGGAGCUGAAGAGGAAGCAGGAGGAAGAGGAGAGGAAGAGCAGGGAGGAGGAGGAGCGCCGCCUGCAGGUGGAGAUGGAGGCCCAGCUCGUGGUGGAGCGGGAGGAGGAAGCGGCUCGGCAGGCCAUUCUCGAACAAGAGAAGAGAGACAGAGAACUUGCCAUGAGGAUCGCCCAGAACGAGUCCGAGCUGAUCCCAGAGGAGAGCGCCGACCCGGGCCUGAGGAGUAACGGCUCAUCUGUGCCUUCGUCUCCGGAGCGAGCAGCAGUGAUGGGGCCUCGGCUGAAGAGUCUCACCAUGGAGGAGAUGGCCAAAGAGAUGAAGGAGCUGUUGGCUCGGGGUCCUCAGGUUCAGGCGUCCAAAGUUGCAGUCGGAGCCAAAAAGUACGAACUCAGCAAAUGGAAAUACGCCGAGCUCCGGGAUGCAAUCAACACAUCCUGCGACAUCGAGCUGCUGGCCUCGUGUCGGGAAGAGUUCCAUCGGCGUCUGAAAGUCUAUCACGCCUGGAAGUCCAAGAACAAGAAGCGGAACACCGAGACGGAGCAGAGAGCGCCCAAAUCUGUCACCGACUACGAUGUUUCUCUGCUCACAAAAGCACCACAGUCCCAGAGCCAGGCCCCGCCCAUCCCACCGCGGCAGCUGGAGGCAGCCCUGAAUCGGCAGCAAAGGUUUUUCCGGAUCCCGUUCAUCCGCCCUGGCGACCAGUACAAAGACCAGCACAAAGACCAGAUUAAAGACCAGAUUAAAGACCCGAGCGGGAAGAAGAAGGGCUGGUGGUAUGCACACUUUGACGGCCCCUGGAUCGCCCGCCAGAUGGAACUGCACCCAGAGAAGCAGCCGAUAGUACUGGUGGCAGGUAAAGACGACAUGGAGAUGUGUGAGCUGAGUCUGGAGGAAACUGGACUUUCUCGCAAACGCGGAGCUGAGAUUCUGCCGCGGCAGUUUGAGGAAAUCUGGGAACGCUGCGGCGGCAAAGAUUAUCUCCGGAACGCCAUCGAGAACCGGCAAGCCCGGCCCACCUACGCCACCGCCAUGCUGCAGUCCGCCUUCCAAUGA